UUCCUGGUUCAAGGAAGUCAGUCAUAUGACAACAAACCGCAAUGGAGCUGCAGUUUAUCGGCUUUUUCUCCGUUUAAUCUUCUGUAAAUAAAAUAAAAAUAAAACUUCAGAGACCACAGUGAGUACCAGCCGGUGCAAAUGUCUGUUAUUUUCGGUUAUCGACAGGAGCAUGGAGAAUGAUGAACUUUCGUCAGAGGAUGGGAUGGAUCGGAGUGGCCGUGUACUUGCUGGUUAGCGUCGCUGCGGUUUAUUACGUGUUCGAGAUCAAUCAGACGUACAACCGCCUCACGCUGGCCCACGUGGAGAAGACCAGCGGGACACACUCACCUCCGCCGCGCGCCGCAGACUCCGCCUCCUCCUCCGCAGACUCCGCCUCCACCUCCGCGUCCUGGAUGCAGGGCGUGAAGUCGCGGCUCCUCCUGCUGCCCUUCUGGCUGUGGGCGGCCAUCUUCCUCGUCCCGUACCUGCAGCUCUUCCUCUUCCUCUACUCCUGCACGCGGGCCGACCCCAGAACCGUGGGUUACUGCAUCCUGCCCGUCUGCCUCGCCCUGCUCUGUAACAGACACGCCUCCUUCACCAAGGCGUCCAAUCAGAUCAGCAGGCUCCAGCUGAUUGACACCUGAUGUGGGCGGGGCUUCGGGACGGUUUUUCACCGGAGCAAAAAAAAGAUAUCGAAGGCGAGACGAGACGAGACGAGACGAGCGACGCUUUCUACAGUUUUAUACUCAACGCUGUUCUCUUCAUUCCGCUCUCUCGCGGCUUCUCACUAAAUUUCUACAAACAUCUUUCUACCUUUUUCUUCUUUUCGUUUCCUUUUGAAAUAAAUCAGUGCUUUAAACCCCUGAUGAUGAUGAUGAUGAUGAUGAUGAUGAUGAUGAAUGAAUCAGUGACUCGAUUAUUUUAAUUUUUUUAUUUAACAGUCUGGACCUGAUGCACCAGAAUGAAAAUAAAAACAAGAAUAAAUAAAUGACUUCAUUUUUUUAAUAAUAAUAAUAAUAAUUAUUAUAAUAAGAUUUAUAUUUUUUUAAAAAUCUGGGCUAAAUAUGUUGUGAUUAAAAUGGUCGUAAAGUUA